AUGAAGGACCAGUCGCCGCCACCGCAGCAGCAAUCUUCGCUUGCAUCAUCUAGGUCUCCUACGACCACUGUGAAGCGUGGUCCCCAGGACUGGAUGGGACGCUCAGUCUACCCUCAUGAUGCUGAGGACCUCAAGGCCCACAAGUGGUUCCGGGAUAUCCCUUGGGAUCGUCUGCAACUGAUUCCCCCACCGUUCGUGCCCCAGAUCUCGAGCCUCGAGGAUACGCACUACUUUGACGAGGAGGAGCCUAUCUCAGACUGGUCGGAGUCGCAACCAGACACCGACUCGGAAACCGACACGCCCCCCGAGACUGCGACGCCUCCUCUUCCGGACACCAUGGCUCUCGACGUGAAUCCUCUCAACAUGUUACCCAAUGCGGUGCCUAUACUGAUGCCUGCACCCGUGCCCGACCUCCGCCGCAGUCCACGCAAGGUGGCCGAGAUACAAGCGGCUCUGGCGCAGUUCCCCAAGACACAGCGAACCGCACUGGCGCAGUACGUGGCGACACCAUUUGAUUCGGUGAAGCUCAAGCGCAUAGACCGGGAGAUCGCGCACGUGGUUUGCCCCAACGACACGACGCAGGCGGAGCGGCUGCGCGACUUUGUGCGGUGCUACGGCAAGCGGGAGCGAAAGCGGCCCCGCGACCGCGUGCUGCGUGACCGCCAGGCAAGAGGCGUGGCGUUGGAGAUACGCAAGCGCAGCGCCUUCCUGGGCUAUACAUGGAAGAGGAUGAAGGUGCAGGACCACGAGGGCGGCGCUGGCGGCCCGGGGAUGCUGAGUGCUCUGGCGGCGCGGAACGGGUUCAAUGUCGACGCUAAGGGAGUCACCGCGGGUGACAGUGCAGACAUUGCUGCGCAUCGGGCGUGGUACGGGAGAGGCGUUCUGUAA